AUGGAGUGACGCCAUCUUUCCCGUGUGCUGCUGGUACGCGAGCGCGGAUUCCUCGCGCACACAUCCACUCAGCAGGGGCUGCCGUGCGCUGCAGGUCAUUCUCAAACGUUUUCUCAACGGAUUGUCGCAUUUUUUUCCGGGUUGAGGUAUUGAAAGGCGACAGAGGAAUAUACAGCUUUUGACACAGAUUAGAAAGCUGUGUUUGGCUCUGAAAGGAUCAUGGCAACCCAAUCUGAUCUGAUGGAGCUCGACAUGGCCAUGGAGCCAGAUCGUAAAGCUGCCGUCAGCCACUGGCAGCAGCAGUCUUACCUGGACUCUGGUAUCCAUUCUGGUGCCACCACCACUGCCCCGUCACUGAGUGGCAAGGGCAAUCCAGAGGAAGAGGAUGUGGAUAAUCAGGUGUUAUAUGAGUGGGAGCAGGGUUUUAACCAGUCCUUUAACCCGGAACAGGUAGCAGAUAUCGAUGGCCAGUAUGCCAUGACCAGAGCCCAGAGAGUCCGGGCAGCCAUGUUCCCCGAGACUCUGGACGAGGGCAUGCAAAUCCCCUCCACACAGUUCGACUCAUCCCACCCCACCAACGUCCAGCGCCUGGCUGAGCCCUCGCAAAUGCUCAAACACGCCGUGGUCAACCUCAUCAACUACCAGGAUGAUGCUGAACUAGCCACGCGUGCCAUUCCAGAGCUUACCAAACUACUGAAUGACGAGGAUCAGGUGGUGGUGAAUAAGGCUGCUGUAAUGGUGCACCAACUUUCCAAGAAGGAGGCUUCUCGUCACGCCAUCAUGAGAUCUCCGCAGAUGGUGUCGGCCAUCGUGAGGACCAUGCAGAACACCAACGAUGUCGAAACGGCCCGUUGCACCUCAGGCACCCUGCACAACCUCUCCCACCACAGAGAAGGCCUACUCGCCAUCUUCAAAUCUGGAGGCAUACCUGCUCUUGUCAAGAUGCUCGGCUCCCCUGUGGACUCUGUACUAUUUUACGCCAUCACGACUCUACACAACCUGCUACUGCAUCAGGAAGGAGCCAAGAUGGCUGUCCGUCUGGCUGGAGGCCUGCAGAAAAUGGUGGCUUUGUUAAACAAAACAAACGUCAAAUUCCUCGCCAUCACAACAGACUGCCUUCAGAUUUUGGCAUAUGGCAAUCAGGAAAGCAAACUUAUCAUUCUGGCCAGUGGAGGCCCACAAGCUCUGGUCAACAUCAUGAGGACAUACACCUACGAAAAACUGUUGUGGACCACCAGUCGAGUGCUUAAAGUCCUUUCUGUUUGCUCCAGUAACAAACCUGCAAUUGUUGAGGCUGGUGGUAUGCAAGCACUCGGCCUUCACCUCACAGACCCCAGUCAGCGAUUGGUCCAGAACUGCUUGUGGACAUUGAGGAAUCUUUCAGACGCCGCCACCAAACAGACGUCUUUAGCAGAAGUAGAUGUGCAGGAGGGUAUGGAGGGUCUUUUGGGCACCCUGGUCCAGUUGCUCGGCUCAGAUGAUAUCAAUGUGGUGACGUGUGCUGCUGGAAUUCUGUCCAACCUCACCUGCAACAACUACAAGAACAAGAUGAUGGUGUGCCAAGUGGGCGGCAUCGAGGCGCUAGUGCGCACCGUCCUUCGCGCAGGAGACCGAGAGGACAUCACAGAACCGGCUAUCUGCGCGCUCCGUCACCUCACGUCCAGACACCAGGAUGCAGAGAUGGCCCAGAAUGCAGUGCGCCUGCACUACGGGUUGCCCGUUGUGGUCAAACUGCUCCACCCUCCCUCACAUUGGCCUCUUAUUAAGGCGACAGUCGGGUUGAUCCGUAAUCUGGCACUGUGCCCCGCAAACCAUGCCCCGCUGAGAGAACAAGGUGCCAUCCCUCGUCUGGUGCAGCUUUUGGUCCGAGCCCAUCAGGACACGCAGAGACGAACCUCGAUGGGUGGAACGCAACAGCAGUUUGUGGAGGGUGUGCGUAUGGAGGAGAUCGUGGAGGGGUGCACCGGAGCUCUGCACAUUCUAGCCCGAGACAUUCACAACAGAAUCGUCAUCAGAGGACUCAACACUAUUCCACUUUUCGUUCAGUUGCUGUAUUCCCCCAUCGAGAACAUCCAGCGCGUAGCUGCAGGUGUGCUGUGUGAGCUGGCUCAGGAUAAGGAGGCAGCCGAGGCCAUCGAGGCCGAAGGAGCCACCGCUCCUCUCACAGAGCUCCUUCACUCCAGAAACGAGGGCGUCGCCACAUACGCUGCUGCAGUUCUGUUCCGCAUGUCUGAGGAUAAGCCUCAGGACUACAAGAAACGCCUGUCUGUGGAGCUCACCAGCUCUCUGUUCAGAACGGAGCCCAUGACCUGGAACGAGACCGGGGAUCUGGGGCUUGAUAUCGGCGCACAGGGCGAGCCUCUGGGCUACAGACCGGAUGCUGUAUCGUCUGAUCUGAAUGAACCUGCAUUGUGAUUUCGGCCUGUAGAGUUGCUGAGCGGGCUCAAGAGAAGAGUGGACUAGUUUCUCUGAAAGUGCCUGACACACUAAUACAAGCUGAGUUUCCUAUGGGAACACGUGGAAGUAAAACUUUUGUUCUGCUCUCGGUGGGAAAUUGGUGUGAUUGACAGAAGAAAGCCCAAAAAGCAAAUCCUAAGAUGGAAUUUUCAACCUUAGCCUUGCCUGUACUUUUUAUUACUUUUUUAUUUUUAAAGGAUAUUUCCGUCUGUAAUGGUACUUAUCUAGCUUGCUUUAUGAUACUCGUCUUUUAUUUUGCAGAACUUUGUAUUCCUUUCCACCGUCUCAUAGUGUUGAGUUAUAGUGCUAAUGAUCCAUGGAGAUUUUAUCAAGUUUAUGGUGUAGAACACUAAUUAAUCAGUUGAAUUGUAUUCUGAUCAAAUGUAAGAUUGUGUAGCUUUUGUAUAAAACCAAGAAUUGGAGAAGUCCAAAUAUUCAGCUCUCUUGCUUUAAUAAAACCAUGUUCCAAAGGGUUUGCAAUCAGUCGGGGCCAUUUUCUGUUUCUUUUUUUUCUUCUCUUGUCUUGAUCUUUUGUUUCUUUUAUUUGAUGGUAGCUUUAGAAAGGUUUUGAAAAGAACCCCUAAUUAUUGUAGCCUGCAAUAUUGGUUGAAGACUUUGUUUUGACCUGGCUAAACAAUAAAAUGGACCUAAAUUUA